AUGAAUACUGAAGUCGCAACGUCAGCCGUACGGCUGGUAAUCGUCAAUGACGUCGCCGGCCAUUUUGAGGUCCUGGCGGGAAUACUCGCCCGGCUGUACACUCUCAUGCAGAAGCAACAGCGACAACAACUGCAGCAACAGCAGCCAUCAGCUCAUACGACGGAUCUGUGGAUCGAACCUCAGCCACGGGUGUUGUAUACGGGCAACGCACGGGCACCCGUCGAUAACGGUCUCAAUGACUGGCUCGGGAAGGAAGUGGUGGGGGCGUUUUCCUGGCACCCGCUCACGGCCUCGACUGCCAUCACGGAUAUAGCGCAGCCUCCGCCGCCACCUCCUGGGCCUGGGUGGCGCACACCCGCAGAUGUGAUCAUCUGCGUGUCCGCAGAGCUGGCUCCCAAGGUGUGCAGAAAUGUGCUCAUGGCGGUGCAGCCCCGGCUGCUGGUGGUGGUGGUGCACAGGGCGGACACGCACACACCCAACGCGCGCAUCCUGUUCCUGCAUCCUACCUUCGAGCUCAUGGCGCUCGCACCCCACGUGGCCAAUCUUAGCAGGCACAUGCUUAAGCGCUCUGUAGACUGGUCCAUGCCGGUGGCGGCCUUCACACCCAGGAAGCCCUGCAGGGCGAAGAAGUGCCUCAGGGGGUUCAGCAUCCAGGGCGCGCUUCGGCGCUUCAAGAGCCGCCACGGCAAUGGCUUCACCCGCGACUACGUGGGGUUGUGGCAGCGGCUUAUGCAAUUGAGGGCCACCGGCCAGGCGGUGCCACCGGUGGUGGUGAUGGGUAAGGGGCAGCGCGAGGACUUGCUGCUGCCCCCGGAGCUGGAUGACCGGGUGGCCUUCUACCCCUGGCUCAAGUACCCUGACUUCUGGUCGCUCAUCCACCACAGCUAUGCGCUGGUUCCUGCAUUCGGUAUGCCCGUUUACUAUGAGAGCCGCAUCAGCAGCACCAUUCUGGCGUCCCUGCUCACUUGCGUGCCGGUCAUUGCGGAGCAGCGCCUGCUGGACACGUACACCUUUCUGGAAGAGCGCCACGUGUUCCUGCGGCAGCCGGGAGAGGACGAGGCGGCGGCCAUGGUGCGCAUCAUGGGUCUACCCGAGGAGGAGGUCUUUUCGCGCCGAGACGCUCUGUGCGCCUUGCAGCAGCAAAUGAACGAGCGCGCGGACGCCACGUUGACACGUUACCUGAGCCAGGCGUUGCGGGACGAUGGCGGUGGCUUUCGCGGGUUCCCAUACGCCUGGGCCUCAUGGCCACUUGGCGGCUUGGUGGGUCGUCUGGGUGGCAAGGCUCCUCGGUGA